AUGGCGUGAGUGUUGUGUUUAUGAAAUUGAAUUGAUAUUUUAAUAACAUGCCGAUCCUGGAUAAAAGAAAGGGUGAUGAUAUUCUGGCGUUGGUCCCCGCCUCGAAACGUACCAAGAAUGAAGUCGUCUUUAGUAGCAGAGAAAAGGCGGUCGUGCAAAGCGGUCCACCGCGAACGUCCUCCUUGAUGUCGAUGAUAAUGUUGCUCGAAGGACAUCAAGGAGACAUCUUUUCCCUGGAAUUUCAUCCGGAAGGACAGUAUCUGGCAUCCACGGGAUUCGAUCGACAAAUUUUCAUCUGGAAUGUUUAUGGAGAAUGUGAGAAUAUCGGCAUCAUGACCGGACACAGCGGAGCAGUGAUGGAAUUACACUUCAGUCCAGAUGGCAACCAUUUGUACACAGCUAGCACCGACAUGACGCUAGGUUUGUGGGACAUAGUGGCUGGAUCGCGAAUCAAAAAGUUGAAGGGCCACACUUCGUUUGUAAAUUCUGUGUCAGGCGCGCGAAGAGGACCCACGCUACUCUGCUCGGGCAGCGACGACAGCACGAUACGUAUCUGGGAUCCCAGGAAGCGGGGUCAAUGCCACACAUUGAACAACACGUAUCAGGUUACUGCGGUAACGUUCAACGAUACGGCGGAGCAAGUAAUCAGUGGCGGUAUCGAUAAUGACGUAAAAGUAUGGGACCUUCGAAAGAAUGCGGUGCUUUACAAAUUGAAGGGGCACACCGACACAAUUACCGGACUGAGUCUCAGUCCUGAUGGAUCAUAUAUACUUUCCAAUGCUAUGGAUAACAUGCUAAAGAUAUGGGACGUACGACCAUUCGCGCCCUAUGAACGCUGCGUAAAAAUAUUGUCCGGGCAUCAACAUAACUUUGAAAAGAAUCUUCUGAGAUGCGCCUGGUCGCCGGAUGGCAGCAAAGUCUCGGCUGGAUCGUCGGACCGAUUUCACUAUAUUUGGGAUACUACGAGUCGUAGAAUAUUAUACAAAUUGCCAGGACACAAUGGAUCCGUAAACGACAUUGAUUUCCAUCCAAAGGAACCUAUAGUGUGCUCGGGAUCUAGCGAUAAGCAAAUCUACUUGGGCGAGAUCGAGACUUAAUAAUAUUAGAAUUGUUUUUAAGUGGACACUGAAUUGCAAUUCUUUUCUCGCUCACAGUUUGAUUUUUUUUCCGCUUAGUAUAUAUGCCUAUUUCAUCUGAAAUGAAGAGAAUUUGCUUUAAUAUAAAUAUAUAAACGAAUAUAUGCUGUACAUGCGACCAGGUUCAUAUCUGAAGCAGUGGUAUCAAACGAAUAUUUUGGCACAUGUGCAGUAACAUAAAGGUCAUGUAACAAUAAGCGAUGUACAUACAUACAUAUCUGACCGAUAUGUUAUAAGGUUCAUCAUGAAUUUGGAAAGAAAUAGAAAAUAUAAAUCAUUAAUUGGAUAAUAUAAUUCACAGGUAAUAGUAACAAAAUUUACUAAUAUUUUGCGUUUGCAGGUGGUUUAUUAUAUAAACAUCAAUAUUUGUUAUAAAGAUAAGGCAAGAAAAUCUGAUUAGUGUUUUUUAACACAAAUAUAAAAUUAUAGUUUUAACGUAUAUAAUAAACAAAAUUAACAUAAUAAA